GUUAAUUGCUGUUUAUUUUUUUUCUAUAGGUCGCAUGCCUGGCGAUCAGCAACAUUCCAAAACCAGUGCUUAAAAGGAUCGGCCAUCAUCAUUCUAGGUACCUCCAGUCUCACCACGGAUGCAAAGAUGGCAUUUGCUCGUCGCUUGUUGUUCCUCCUCUGUGUGAUCAGUGGACUCCUGAGCCGAGCUUUCUCUAAUCCCCCUACUCUUAAAAAAGACAACAAUUGUCCUAAAGGCUGGACUCGGCUGAACUGUAACUGUUACAUUUACCAAGAUGAGAAGAGGACUUUUGCUGAUGCAGAGAGCGUCUGCAACAUUAUUGGUGGGAAUCUGGUGUCCAUCCACAAUGCCGUGGAAAAUUUUUUCGUUCGCGAGUUGAUUCGAGAGGGUACUGUGGAACCUGAUACUUCCUGGAUUGGACUCCAUGAUGCACUUGCGCAAACAGAUGACUUCAUUUGGACUGAUGGAACCAUUGAAGAUUUCCUUGCCUUUAAUGGGGGUGAGCCAGAUAGUGAUGGUGACUGCGUUGAGAUUGUUGAUAGUGACGGGUGUUGGGCGGAUACUGCCUGCACGGACAUGCUCACAUACGUUUGCAUCAGAGAGGUGGAAUUCUGGUGAUCACUGGUACAAUAUACCAACGUCUUCUGUGGCAAUGGAUUCUUCAAAUCAUUAAUGAGACAAUAUUAAACUUCAAUUGUCUUUUGUUUUCUGCCUUUGAUUUUUCUUCUUCUAUUUCAUUGUUAUUGGCA